GUCCAGAAAUCGGAUUAGCUGCUCAAAGUGAGGCUGAUGGCGGCAACAACGCCUUCUUCACUCUCCGUCGCCAUGAUUCCCACAGCGAGCGCCGCCUCUCCGUCGAAUUCUCUGUCUUGUUCCCUUCUGUUCCGCUCAGAAACCCUUAACAAAACCCAGCAGAAGCUCCCGCCGUCGCACCUCGCACUCCUCAAAUCCCGCUCCUUCAUACUUCCCUCACGGCAAUCCCAACAAACAUGUCUCAGCGUUCAUCUCCUCCCAAAGAAGAAACUGAGCCCUUUUCCUCUCCGCGCUGUGAGGAAGGGAAAGAGCGGCGGUGGUAAUUUAGCGGUUGCGGAAAGCGAUGACUUCGCGGAAGAAGAUGAAGACGAAUUUGAUUUUCUGGAUGACGACGGCGAUUAUGCCGACGAUGCCGACGACGACGUCGAGGACGGGGAGAUGUUGCUUCCGCUUGAGAAGAUGCAGAAAUGGCUCGAGAGGAAGCCCCGUGGGUUUGGUGAAGGGAAAGUCUACGACACAUCUGUUGAAGAUAAGCUGAUGGAAGAAAUUGUUCAGAGCCAAAUGGCUCAAGCUGCCAAUGUCAAUAACCUGAAGAAUAACCCUAUCAAGCCCAGUCCCAAGGUAGAGGACUCGAAGAAGAAAGCUGCUGAAGCUUUACCAAGUGGAGUUCGGGUUCUUUUGACCAACCUCCCAAAGAAGAAGAACGUUCAAAGAGAUUUGAGGUCAGCUUUCAAGGAAUUCCGCGGAAUCGUUGAAAUCGUUCCUGCUGUUUCUGGUAACAAGAAGACCAAGGACCCUGUUUGCAAAGGGUUUGCAUAUGUUGAUUUUAAGUCCGAGGUGGAUGCAACCAGGUUUGUGGAACAGUUUUCUGGAGAGAGCAUAGCGUUUGGUAAGAUUCAGAAACAGAUAAAAUGCAGGAUUCAAAACCCUGGCUCAAGCACAGCAUCUGGUGAUGAAUUGACCGACAUGGAUGUGGAUGGUGCGGCCUACGAAGAUGAAAAGUUUGAUGAAGAAGAAGAUGAUGAUCAUAACAAUGAGAUCUCGGAAACACGAAAGGCAAGUGCAAUAGAGAGCAUGAAAUCUCUCAGCGUAUCAGAGUUGAAUGUUACUGAAAGCAAGAAAACUGAAAGUCGGUCAUCAUCUUCGCCAAAGAAGAAGGGAACUAAGAAGAGUAGCGCAAGUUUUAAAAAGAAAGUGCAGAAGGUUCCCAAGUUAGAGAUUCCAGGAUCGGCCAAAAGGCUAAAGGUCAGGGACAAGGCUGUGCUGACUGGUGUCUUCGCCAAAUACGGGUUACAAGCUGCUGUUGCUACAAAGGAAGAAAGCUAACUGUUACACUGAGUUUUUUGGCUCCUGAACUUUAGGGAACAAACCUCAUUGAAGUAAAACCACAGUGGUCUUUGUGCUAGAUAGAUCUUUUAAAUUUGUCUCGAGUGCAGUUUGUCAUAGUUGGGAUUUUUGUUCCGUUUUGAAGACGUGGUGAGUAGUGAGUACCACCAUUAUGACUAGUUUCAACACCAAUUACAUCUUGAGAAAUCCAGUCGGCUGUCGUCUUGGCAUUAGGGGAGUUGAUGCGGCGAGCAACUAAGGGCAAAGAGUGGCCUAGACUAAUGCUUUACUGUCUGGUUCUAUGUGGGGAUGUUUGUAACACAGGGUUCACUCCAAUUUGGAUAGUAUGUGUUCUCGAGUUUCUCUCCUAAUCCGUUUGUCCCUCCCUCCCCGCC